AUGGAUUUGAACUAUCAAUAUUUAAGAGCUCAAUCAAAAGACAUAAUAGAUUUAAUCAUCACCCAAUUGAGACAUAGUCCAUUGGCAUUACAUCUUAACUUGCUCAAAACUACCUCAAAGCCAAUCACAGCUAUAACCUUAGAUAAAUCACUUGAAUUCAGUUGCUUAAUUAAUACUGGUUCACAAGCUAAUUUAAUUUUAAAACAUGAUGUCAACCAAUCAAUCACGCCAUUCCAACCUAUCCAAAUCAAACUAGCAUUGAUUCAUGAACAAACCAAAAAUUUCACUUCAUUAAUAACAGCUGUGGUAACAAUAUAUGACUUAGAUUUCAGUGUUUCAUUCUUAGUUCACAACAACUUACCAGCAGGCACAAUCAUACUUGAUUCUCCAUUUAUGAAAAAAUUUCAGUGCUCCAUCCGAUAUCCUAAGCAAGACCAACAAUAUAUUUCAUUCAUCCAUAAUAAUCAAACUUAUACCUUCAAAUCACAAAAAAAUAAUUCUUUGGUCAUCAAUGAAAUGCAAACAAGCUCAGCUUCAGCUCAAACAUUAUUACCAUUAAUCAAACAACAUGCAUUUAAAAAUACUGUUUUAACUCAAGCACAUCAAACAACGAACUAUCAAAAAUUUCAUUUGUAUUUCAACAUGAAAAUCAACCACCGGGAAGACCCAAUGAAGCUAUUCAACCACCAAUUGACUUACUAUACAAAAAUCAUAAACCAUGGAAUUUUAAGCCAAUACCACUACAUCAAAGAAGAGUUGAUGCUGUCAAAAUUAAAAAGCAUGGAGCAACAUAAACAACCUGUCCCAAGUAAUGCCACAUAUAGCAAUCCUUGGUUUUUAAAGAAGAAAUCAGACAUUCAGACUUUUAAGUGA